AUGAAGUUGUUCCAAGGCCUUCAGGGCAGAAGCCUUUACCUGCUUAUGAAGCUUGUUUGCGGUACCUCGUUCAUGAUGUACGGCUACGAUGCUGGGGUCCUGGGCGGCGUCCUCCUUCACAAGCCCUUCAUCGAGGCCAUUGGGCUAGAAAACACCGGGCAAUACACCAUUCCCAUGAUCUCGAGUUCCUACAGCUUGGCGGCUUUUGUCACAUCGGUAGUCGUCGGGUUCUUCUCCUUCAGGCUGGGUCGUCGCGGCACCAUCAUCUUGGGCAACGUCGCCGCAAUCAUCGGUUCCAUCAUCCAGGCCUCGUCAUACAGUAUCGCUCAACUCAUAGUCGGAAGAUGCUGCACUGGCUUCGCCAUCGGUUGCAUCUCAUCAUCCGUUCCAAUUUACUUAUCAGAGACGGGAGUCGAUUCUGGAGAUCGUGGUCCUGCCAAUGCCCUGAACGCCAUCAUGUUGAUAUCCGGUGUUCCUCUAGCCUACUGGAUCGACUAUGGCUUCACCAAGAUGGACAACCAGGUCUCUUGGCGAGUGCCUGUUAUCUUUCAGAUCGUUUUUGCCAUAAUUGGCGGCGGAUCAAUGCUCUUCCUUCCCGAUACCCCCAGAUGGUACUAUGCUCAGAAUCGCAUUCCUGAGGGCGAUGCCAUCCUCGCUCGUCUCCAUGACGUCCCUUCUCCUGAUGAUCCUCUGGUCCAAAGGACGAGGCAGGAGAUCUUGUUGGCCAUUGAGUCCGAAUUGGAGGCCAGUGCCAGCCUGCAUUGGCAGCAAUUUAUCACCUCGGGUAUCAUCGACCACUCACCUCUAAAAAUUGCCAGAAGAUUGUGUAUCUGCUUCUGGCUGCCUUUUAUUAGGGAAUGGAUGGGCUCAAGUUUGAUGGCCUAUUACAGUUCCAUCAUUUUGUCCAACACCGGGGCCACCCCCACCUUGAUAUCGGCACUUGCAGGCGUGCAGAACAUUAUUUUUGCCCUGGGCUGUGUACCUCUCUAUUUCACAAUCGAACGUACUGGUCGCCGGAGCACGCUCCUCCACGGGGCUAUCGCAAUGACCCUUCUUCUUGUCAUCUUCAUUGCUUUAGUUGCCGUGCCCCAGACAUCAUCUAUUCGGUGGGCGUCCAUUGCGAUAUUAUGGCUCUUCCUCUUCAUCAUGGGCUACGCCUAUGAGGGAGCGGUCUGGCUGUAUUGUGCCGAAAUCUCUCCGUUGGAAUAUCGCCAUAUAGGUGGUGCCGCGACGUCUGCCGGUGAAUGGCUGGGUACUUUCCUGACGGUCUUUGUGGGGCCCAUUGGCUUCGACAACUGCGGAUGGCAUUUCUGGUUCUGGGUGUUGAGCGGAAAUCUGGUCGCGGUUGUGUUUGUAUUCUUCCUGUGCCCCGAAACUGGUGGAAAGACCCUGGAACAGGUCGAUGGUUUGUUCACGACUGGUGGAAUUAUGGCUGGCUUGUCAAAGGCCCCUGAUGGAGAAGAAGACUGGGUCGAGACAUCCAAGAACGAACCGAAGGCCGAAUAA